AUGAAGUUCACCGCUGUGGCUCUCGCUUCCCUGUCCCUCUUUGGGUCCACGCUUGCCGUUGAUUCUUGGGAGAUCUACUCUUUCCGAGGACCUUGCCCAAAGAGCGGGAAGAUCAACAGCAGCGACAAGACUUGGGAACUUCUGACCCUUGGCGAGAAAGACAUGAGCAACAACUGCCAGCCGUUCUGGGCUAAACACAAGGGCGACUCUGUCUCGGUCUUUAUGAAGGGAUUCGAGAAGUUGGGGAAAGAGAUGGUGCUGUACACCAAGCCCAGCACCGGGCUAUGCGAAAAGAACAACGAGAUCCGAGUCUUUUCGGAGGAUGGGUGCAUCGCGAUUCCUGACGGCUGGAACCCUGAGUACUUCUCGGUCCGGGACAAGAAGAAGAAGCGCGCUGAGGAGUUCAGUGCUUGA